GGUAGCACUGGGCGGGGCGACCCCUUCCUCUCGACUGGUUCCACCCUCAGCAGAACUCCUAUAUAAGAAGAGGUAGAAGUGCACCUGAUCACAAGAUUGUCUGAUAAAGAAGCAGAAUGGCAGAUAAUACGUUCAGACCUGGUUACUACAUUGAGGUGGAGGGCUUCAUUCCGGUGGACUGUAAAGCGUUUACCAUAAACUUGGGAACGGAUGACAAUAAUUAUGUGCUACACUUUAACCCUCGAUUUGACACCAAUGGAGACAUCCGCAAGAUAGUCUUGAACACGAAGGUGGACGGUGUCUGGGGAGAUGGGAAGACCGAAAGCUUCUUCCCCUUCCAGGAGGGGUCAAACACCAAGGUUUCCUUCACGUUUGAGGAAGACAAGAUCAUCAUACAAUUACCUACCGGAAAUCCUCUCUCCUUUCCAGUCCGCUCGCCCAUAACGGGGAUCCCAUACUUGGCCGUGAAAAACCUCCAUCUGAAGUCCGUCAUAGUAAACUGAAGAAUCCCGAAACAGAGGAGUCACCUGUCCCACGUGUCCAUAUCCAGGCUCUGAGAAAUGGCCAUAGUGGACAAAGAGGGAAAGAUUUUUAAUCCUCAUUUGUAACCCCCCCGCCCCCCCCCCUCCGCCUCCAAUCUGCACCCUUGCUGCUCAUGUAACCAUACAUUGUGCUUUACUCAGUUCAUUUACUAGAAAUUCAUUUCAUCCACAUUUCAAAUAAAAUCCAAUGAGUUCUAUUGUGGCUGAUCAAACCAAUCAAUUUAUUAUUUAUUAAUAAUGACUUUGUAUUGAUUGCUGAAUUCGAUAGCAGAUCUGCUGCAUCACGCCCCCCUGCUGGAGGUUUGUUGCAUUACAUUUAAAUGGCACACAGCAACCAACAUUUUCUGUCUGAUUUCUUAUAUUUUCCAAUAAAAAAAAUUCUGAUCUUUUA